CACACACACACCUUGCGUUCAUGUCACUUGUGUGUAUGUUUGUUGAGAUGUGGGGACUCAGGUGAGCUGGUCGUGCAAAAGUUUCAGAAGAUUGUAGCCUUGGUUGUGGAGCUCAGAAACACGGUCAGACAGGACUGGAGCUGCCAGCUCGACACAGACUCUGCUUUCAUUCUGGAACAUCCUCUGAUUGAACAGCAGGAGCAAGGCACGCUGGAAAUUCCCUUCAGACACGAACUGGAGGCGAUGCUGAGUGACAUUAAGCAAGUGAGCUGGGAGAAGGAUCUGGAGCCCCGCCCCGAAGCUGCUCAAGUAUUGAAGUUCAGACGUGACAUCACAAAGAGUUACCUGUGUCUAAGUCACAUGGUGUCAUGCUACAACCAGGUGGUGGGCGAAGCUCUGGCAGUGGAGCUUCCUCUGAUCGAGGAUCAGCUGCAGGAGCAGAGGCAGAGUUUGUUAGAGCUGCACAACAGCACAUGGAGGAGUGAAGGUGUGCACCAGUUGAUUGCGCAGAAGAGACAAAGCAUCACAGCUUUCUUUGCCUCAGUGAGUGAAGCACGUGCCAACAUGGCUGCCAUGUCUCGCAUCACGCAGGGGUGGGCAGAGCUUCCCCUGCUGCAACGCGUAGGUAACUUCCUGGAGAGGGGCGAAGCUACAGAGCAGAGCUACAGUCGUCUGAGAGAAGACAGCGAGGAAGUGCUCAGGCUGACUCAGGAAAACCGCAGACUGUACGUAAAACAAGACACCUCCCAGUCCUGGUCUGCCUACCUGGACCACGUGGACCAGCUUGUCCAGGAUGGACUUUUACAGCUGCUGCUGCGCUCGCUACACUUUCUGACAGACAACAUGAAGCCAGAGAGCUGCGGGGGAGCCUUGUUGCAGGUCUCACUGCAUCUGCAGUCAACAGAAAGUGUUUUUGAGCCUUCUCUGGACACAGACCUCGCUGACCUGUUGAAGUCCUUUAUCGAUGACGUCUACUCGGCCGCCAGCUUGCCACCGAGGCUGUCAGUCAGUCACCAUGGCAACCACCAGGAGGCGCUGCGGGAGAAUGCCGACCUUGUGGCGCUAGAACUGGAAGUGAGGCAACGCCUGCUGGAGGUGAGAGAGGAGGCGGAGCUUCUAAGGGCAGACCUGGACAGGUUCUCACCUCUCUGGCGAAGCCACAAGCGGGGAGUGAUGCAAGAAUUCCUGACCUACGGCCGGAAGCUGGAGCCUGAAGAGGAGGAAGUGGAGGAGGCCCCACCCACCCUGACAGACUUUCAAAGAGAGAUCCAUUCCCUCCAGAAACAGAUGACACACGUCAAUCACCUCAACGAGAACGAGCUGCUGCACGGCUGGCUACAGGUUGAACUACGACCUUUCAAAAACGCCCUGCGCCUGUUCAUCCACAACUGGAUAAGCAUGUACACGCAGCACCUGCUCAAACUGGUGCGACACAGCAUGUCUCAACGCAGUGUCGAUGAGGAGCAUGAUGACAAUAGUAGAAAGUCUUCUUCCAGCUUCCCUCUAACAGAAACCAUCAUGCUGCUGGAAACCGUGGGAGUGGAAGUUCCUGAACUCACCACGUUGCUGCAGAGCUGAUAACCAUGCCAGAUGUUCAUACAGUAUACACGUGCACAUGCUGGUGUGUUU